GGUACCUGCGGGCCCUGGCCAGGGGCGGCGGCGGCCAUGCAGCCCCAGGGCUGAGGCGGCCCCAUGGCCAAGUCCGCGCCCCCGCGGUCCCGGCAACGACGGCGCAUGGAGAACUUCCGUAAGGUGCGCUCGGAGGAGGCGCCGGGGGGCGAGGGGGCCGAGGGGGGCGGCCCGGGCUCCGGGCCCUUCGCCGACCUGGCGCCGGGCGCUGUGCACAUGCGGGUCAAGGAGGGCAGCAAGAUCCGGAACCUGCUGGCUUUCGCCACGGCCAGCAUGGCGCAGCCCGCCACGCGCGCCAUCGUCUUCAGCGGCUGCGGUCGAGCCUCCACCAAGACCGUCACGUGCGCGGAGAUCCUCAAGCGCCGCCUGGCGGGCCUGCACCAGGUCACGCGGCUGCGCUACCGGAGCGUGCGCGAGGUGUGGCAAAGCCUCCCGCCGGGGCCCGCGCCGGGGCACAGGCCUGGAGAGCCGGCCGCCAGCCUCAGUGUCCUCAAGAACGUGCCCGGCCUCGCCAUCCUGCUCUGCAAGGACGCCCUGGAUCCGCGCCAGCCCGGCUACCAGCCCCCGGACGCCCAUCCGGGACCCUCGUCGCAGCCCGCCGCGCCGACGUCCAAGCGGGGCCCGGGGGGAGCCGCGGCUGCCGAAGGCUCCGCCAAGCGCCUGCGACCUGAGCCCGGGACCGCGGAGGAGCGUCCGAUGGCCUGAGAGCUCGCGGGGCCGGCCCCUCCUGCCCCCGGAGCCCCGACCUUGAGCCGCAUCUCCAGCCUUUCAUGCCCCGGUGCUCGGUGCCCGGGAGGUGCUCGGGACGUAGCUCCUCGCGCCGUCAGCACCGGGCCCGGGGCUACGGGGCGGGGACCCCAGGGAAGCGUCGUGGGCGCUUGGCUGCUCCGCCACUUGGGCUGCCUGGAGACGCACAAGUCCACCGAGCCAUGCCGGGACCUUCUUCCGGGAGGGGACGGUGGGCAGGGGGACUCUUGAGCCUUGCCCAGGACCCCCGAGGAUUGGAGGCAUCCGGUGUUCCCGAGGACAGUGUGUGGCCCCAGGAGAGCUCUUGGCACCCUCUCCACCGUUGGCGGCUGAGGCAAGGGGCGAGGAAGGACAGCAGACGGCUGGAAGGCAGGACAGUGGGGGGGGGGGGGGCGGUCUAUGUCACCUGGGGAAGACCUCUUCCUCUCUAGUUUCCUUACCCUGCUGCUGUUAAGGAGCAUCCUGCUAUCUUGGUGCAGGGGCGUCCCCAUGGGCUCUAGCUCUCUUAACAGUCCCCCUUCCCCUGCUGGCCCAGAAGGACAGACCCCAGACAGAACUCUCUGCCUUACCCCCUGAGCUGGAGUCCUGCUUCCAAUAAAACAAACACAAAAAUG